AUGACUAAAACAAUUCAAGAUGUUUACAGCAAUUACAAUUUGGUGGAAGAAUCCUCUCAUGAGGCUUUGAAGGAAAGAAUAAGCCAAAAAGCGAGAGACCUUCUUCCACGGUAUAUGGAACCUGUUCCUCUUGAUUUCGCAGUCCAUAACUACGAAAGCCUGAUGAGGACAUCUUACGAUGCCGGCACGGGUAUUGGUUUGACAAAUGUUGCACUCCAGGCAUUCACAGAUGCCAAAGAAUCCUCAAGAGGUGGACUUGGCUCUAAGAUCGACAUUAUCGUCGUCAAGGGUACAGUACCACGAGCUCAUGUAGGAUUUCUGUUAGAGACCAACAUCGAAGUUCAAAACAACAUCUACACAAGCAAAAAGAGUAAAAAGUUGCAGACAAUGGAUUCUUGUGGCAUUUGCUUUGCCAUCUUGCCCAACACGGGGGCUGGUGAUAUCUGGAACAGGUUGAGCUACCGCGGCAACCGCAACAGAGGCUUUUGCAAUUCUGUUGAACUGCCUACCAAUAUCUCGCCGCAUGCUGUCACUGGAGAAUUUGUGCGAAGAAUGGUGCUUGGCUCGGCAUAUUCAACCGCUUUAUAG